ACGCAUCCCGACACAGCAAACAGAAAGGAAAACUGACAUAUUGGCGCCUCAAACAAGACGAUGACGACCACGACCGCCGCGGUCCACGCCGCCGCUACGAGGCGCCACCGCACGUCCGCAUCCGCAAGCAGCUCAUCGCUAUCGCCGAGAACCCCAUGCGGCCCUGGCACGAAGAGGUCCAGGCCAUCGCCACGCUCUUCACCGACAACUGGGACGACGAGCUUCUGCGGACCAACUUUGUCGACCUCGUCCUGCAGCUGGCCGUUGAACAGCCACUCAAGACGCCUUUCGUUGCUGCCGUGGUGCUUGUUGCGAACGGGAACCGCCCCGAGGUGGUGGAUAUGCUGCUGGAGAAGCUGGCCGGGCGGAUCGAGGAGACGAUCGGCAAGGGCGAGUGGAGGGACGUGAAGCUUUACCUGAAGCUUUUGGGGUGCUUGCAGGGGUGCCUAGAGGGGGAGGGCGUGUUUCCCGUGCUGGAGGAGCUGUUUUCGCGCGCGGUGGACUUGCAGACUGCUAGUUCCGAGGAUACAAUUGGCACCGAGAUUGUCAAAAUCAUCCUCCUGACUCUGCCGUAUGUCAUGAUAGCCGCGCCGGGGCAAUGGGCACAGAAGGCCGCGGACCUCAUGGAGAAGACGGAGAUCAUCGCGUCAGAACCGCAUACCCUGCAAACACUCAUUGAGCCAUACCAACUCGGGACAGGCGAAGAGAAUCCUCCGCAGUCGCAAAGCUUGAUUGGGCUGCUGCAGGCACAGAUGCAGAACGAGGCGAACAACGGCUGGGCGCUGCCCUGCCUGCCAAGGCCGUGGGAGUUUCCCCUGAAAGAGGUUGAGCAGCGGUCGAAGAUUGACGACGCUGCGAAGCAUGCCCUUCCUACCAUCACCAUCCCCCAAACGGUCGUUGCUGGGCCCCGGCCGCUGUUUCCAGAGAUCUACUUCUCGGUUUACGCAAACCAGGAUGUCGAGUCCGUGCCUCCCCUCGCCAACGCUGCCGCGUCUCUGAUUCGGGAUGUUCUGCUGGACACGAUCAACGUCCUCGACUUCAACCGCAACGUCACGGCGCGCCAUCUGAUUGACCUGGACUGCUACUUUGCUCCGCGGACGUUUGCUGCGAGAGCAACGCCGUUCGAUCGGUUGCGAGACAUUGAGCCGCCAAAGUCCACGUGGAAGCCAGAAGACGUGGCGGUUGAUGCCGUCUUUUCCCAGCUUCUCCAGCUGCCCAACCCAGAGCAUAAGCUUGUCUACUAUCACUCGGUCCUUACCGAGGCAUGCAAGCUCGCCCCUGCAGCGAUAGCGCCGAGCUUAGGGCGCGCCAUCCGCUUUCUUUACCGGAGUGCGCCUCUCAUGGACUUGGAGCUCUCCUACCGGUUCAUGGAUUGGUUCUCGCAUCAUCUGAGCAACUUCGGUUUCACAUGGAAGUGGACUGAAUGGGUGGAUGAUGUGUAUCUUCCGGAUGUACAUCCGCGUAAGACAUUCAUCGCAGGGGCGCUCGACAAGGAGAUCAGGCUCAGCUUUGCGCAGCGGAUCAAGAACACUCUGCCGGACCCGUACAAGGAGAUGAUCACCCCAGAGAAGGAGAAGGACACGCCAGAUUUCAAGUUUGCCAGUGACGACGCCCCCUUUGCAGCUGAAGGCCGUGAGAUUGCCGGCCUUCUCAAGCGCAAAGCUUCGGACGAAGAGAUCGACGCCGUUAUUCAGCGCAUCCAGUCACAGGCCAUCGACCGCGAGAUCGACGCGCUCGUGGCGAGCACCGACGUCUUCGUGACGUGCGUCCUGCACGUGGGCAGCAAGUCGCUUUCGCACGUACUCGCGGCCAUCGAGCGCACAAAGGAUCGCCUCGCCGACGCGGGUGCCGCCUCGGACGCCGCCCGCUCCCAAAUUAUCUCGGCCACCAUGGCCUACUGGUCCGCCCACCCGGGCGUCGCCCUCGUUAUCAUCGAGAAGCUCCUGAAUUAUAGCAUCCUGACGCCGGAAACUGUCAUCAACUGGGCCCUGGUGAGCCGCGCGGGGAAUACCCGCGGCGAGGCACUCGCCGCCGCGCACGUCUACGAGAUGGUGUUCAACACGGUCAUGAAGGUGACGGGCCGCGUACGCCAGCUUGUGGUGAAGCCUUCUUCUUCGCUUGCGUCAAACGUGGACGAGUCGGAGACGCGGGACCGCGAGAUUAAGGCCAUGCGGGCGCUUUUCGCCGCCAUUGAGGACGCGCUUGCGUCGUGGGCCACGGGGAGCAAGGACGAGAUGAUUGAGGCGAGUGACGGGGAGGGUAAUAGUGAGGGAGAGAGGAUGGUUCGGCAAUGGGGGCAGAGGUGGCUGCGAGUGUAUAGGCGGCGGGCGGCUAUCGAGGAGGCGUUUCUUGUCGAGGCUGAGAAGGAGCUGGCGAGGAGGGCCGAGGAGCAAGCGCGGAGCAGCGAGGCCGGGGUAGAAGUGGUGACUCGGAUGGAUGCUGACUGAGUUGCCGGGAAGGUCAUUAGAGGAUGAUACCUCCUAUGGUGUUGCCCUCGGUGAGUCUGCGAUUCAGUUGGCGGGUGCAUCUAUCUUUAGACGCCUACCAAUAAUCUGGGAAUAUAGGCGCUGUGCUUUAUGUAUGACUUUGUACUUUGGGCAGGAAGUAUGCGUUGACGGCGCAGAGUCUGGAGGUCGCCAUG